AUGGAUUCAUUGUAUGUGCCUGGCGUUGAAGCUGGGCCCCGUUCUUCAAGCCGCUCCCCACUGCACUUACACCCACAUCACGGACCGCAGCAUCAACUUCACCUUCACAGCAGCCGGGAAGCUGGGGAUUCGCAACAAAUCCAACACUCUCACUCGACCCAUGGCCUACCUGCUCUAAGUGUGCCACGAGUUGAUAGUUUUCCGGGCAAUAGUCCUGUCUUAACCGCGGACUUGAGUGGGUAUGCCAGCAACUAUAACAACCGUCGAGCUGAAAUCAGUACCGUGGCCCAUGAAGCACACCAGCAUCGACAGCAACAAACACACCAGAGAAAGCAACUGCCUCAUCAGCGCCAAGGCCAGGAGGUCGGGAGGCAUCCCGACGCACCUGCGUCUUCCACUACGCCUGGCCUUUUUGACGGCUUGAGCUCACCUGCAGUGACACCGAACUCACCCGCUCAGCCAACAUCACACCAUGGGCAUGGCGUCACUCCGCUGAGAGAGGAGUCCUCGGCGGUCAAAGCAUGGAGACAAAAGUUGUUUGAUCUGGAGGAUAUCGUGUUACUGAGCAACGAGGAGUACGAGACGUACUUCCCCUGGAUCGACAACAUUUACAGCCACCGCUCGACGCAACAGUACAAGAGCAAGCCCUUUGAAGCGAAGUAUUAUGACUGUCGUCUCAAGGGCCGCCCUUCGGGAACCAAAAAGUCAGAUGACCCCCUGAAGAAGAAGAGGAAACGAAAUGCUCGCGGUCUUGGCUUGUGCGAUGUCAAGAUAAAAAUCACCAAGUAUGAGCCAGGUUCUACUGCAGAACUGGAAGCUGCCGCCACGAACAAUCCGGAACUUGGGCAGGCUCUUGCGCGUAUCCGACAUCAGGACCAAGUUUUUUACACUUUUCAACGUAUCAACGGAAGUGUCACAAACGGCGUUGGCGACGGCAAACCUGCAGAGCACAAACAUGACUUGGCAAGGAGUGAUCAAAUCAAGAAGAGCACAAGACAUCGAGAGUUGGCCGAGCAGGAGAGGGAACGGAAGCGGUCGAAACGACAGAAGGAUGUGAAACGCCCACCAAAGCCGUCGUCAUUAUCACCUUGGAAGGCAACGGGGCUUGCCGCCGAGACCGCAAAGAAGCAUGCCAAAGAAGGCAUGAUCAAGUUUUACGCAUCCUGUUUCUGCCCCUUUUCGCAACGAGUCUGGAUUGCUCUGGAAGCCAAAGGGUUUGACUAUCAAUAUUGCGAGAUCUACCCUCUGCAAAAGCCGAAGCCUACCCUGCUGCUCGAAGCGAAUCCGAGAGGCCUGGUGCCCGCCAUUCGACAAGGUGACUGGGCUUGCGCAGAAAGCACAGUCAUUCUUGAAUAUGUAGGUGUCGUGCCCACCUGGGCGUUGAUGCUUCGUCGUGAUACGCCUUCGAUGCUGACAAGUGAGUUGAAAAAGCUCGUAGAUUCAGGCCAUGGAAAUUUAGUAUUGCUGCCUACUGAUGCAAGAUUGAAAGCAAAUUGUCGGCUGUGGAUAGAAUUCAUAAACUCAAGAAUAGUUCCAUCAUUUUACCUCCUCGUAUCGGCUACUGAAGAGGAACCCAAGAGACAAGCGGCGGAAAAGCUGGAGCGAGAUAUCGCCGAGCUGGUCCAACACGCCGAAGAAAACGGACCGUUCUUCUUGGGUGACCACUUCAGUCUUGUCGACAUUCACCUCGCCCCUUUCGCGAUCCGUUUGCCUUACCUUCUUCGCCAACUGCCGGGAUGGACGCAACCUCUGUUUGAGAUGAGGUGGAAGAAGUGGGUUGAUGCGCUGGAGCAGAAUGAGUAUGUCAAGAAUACGACGAGUAAACCGGAGCUCUAUGAGAAGUCGAUGGGAGAUCUGAUCAAGGCAUUUCAGGCGAGAUUCCAGGGGGGUGAUGUCUGA